CGUGCGAAUCUUACUUAGCACUCUUUAUUUAAUACCAGUGCCUGCAAGGAAGUGGUAACUACAGGGGCAAUCCAAGAAAGCAUCGUUCUUUGGCACAGUGGAAACGGUGCACAAUGAAGUCCAUCGUGCUGACCACUCUUUCCGUGUUCUUGGGACUCUUCUUCAUAUUCGUCGGCUCGAUGAAAGUGACGCCCAACAUCAACCGGGAGAUGCACCGGGAGAUCAGACGCAACUUCGUGCAAUAUUCCAAGGUGUUCCCCUUCAGCAAGCUGCUGAACUUCAAGAUGAACCCCAAGAUUUACCGGCUCUUCAUCGGUUGGUCUGAAGUGGUCUGCGGGACCAUCCUUGUCCUUGUACCAGGUCGGAUCAAGCAACUGGCCAAUGUGGCUCUACUCGUGCUUGUGCUGGGCGCCGUCUACACGCACGCUGCCCUGCGGGACAAGUUCGAGCGCAUGGCACCCUCCAUCGUGUUCAGCCUCAUGCUAGGCUGCCGCCUGGUCGUCUUCUACCAGGUGCAGGGCCGCGAGCGCAAGAAGCAGGCCCUCCACGGCACAAGCUCAGCCGCGGCGGCAGCAGCAGUGGCGGCCCAGCAGGCACACUCUCAGGAAGCAGCCGCAACAGCAAGACCCAAGAUCGACUGAGCUCGUGCAGCCCUCCUGUUAGCCGGGGUUCGUUUGAUGUGCAUUUCGGGGCCAUGGUUGGGAAUGAUUGCUUUCAAUGUAGUACAUUUGAACUUCGUUAUAACGACGUCGCAUUCGACAUGCAAACACCUUCCUUAUGUCCUAUAUUUUUUGUAAGCAUACGCGCUGGUAUUGGCAAAACAAAUUUGCAAGUUUUAUAUUUAUUUUGCUGCAUCCAGUAAUUCAUUAUAUCCAUGCUUUUUAUAUCGAAGUUUGAUUGUCCUAUUACCAACUGCACCAACGAGUGUGCAAGCAGUCUGGAAAAAAAAAAAAAAAAAAGGUCUGUAUAAGGAAUGCGUGGCCCCUUCAAAAAGUACUCUGAAACAAACGUGACACUUAACCGAACCAACUUAUCUAGAUGUCAGAUUUUAAAGUGUGCAAGAAUGGCCUGUUUAGACAAUUACUUGCUGAUUGUGAUGGUCAAUGAGUUGAUGGCAAAGGUGCAGGCAUUUGACAAACAGUUCUAGCAAAUUAGGAGCUUUGUGAUUGCAGUGGCUGAAUCUCUGUGUUGAAAAACAGUCUCAUACAAGAAACCUGCCUGCAUGUUUUGACAGAUGACUCACUCUGCUGAAGAGGGUUAAAAGGUCUCUCUGGAAUUGGUUGACAUUAUCGUUUAUACCACUACUGUAGGCAGCAGGCUUUGAUGGUGAUAGCUGUUGACCUUACUAUCGCAAAAGAAAUGCUAUAUAUCAGAUUCACGCAGUGUGAGCCCUCUUAGCCAUUGACCAAAAGCGGCAGAGAAAAUGUGUCUCUGAAUAGGGUGAAUGCAUGAAAUUGCUGCUUUUGAAAACUGAAAAACCUAAAACAAAAAAUACACAAGAAGCAACUGGAGAACACUGCAGGCAUUCCAAGAGACAAAAUAAACCAAAAUUUGCUGCGAUGAGAGGAUCUGGCCAAGCUGUUUUUGGAGUAUAUUACUUUUAUCAUUUUCAAAUGCUUUCUCAGUACGUCAAUGCACUUCCUGUUCGCGGUGUUGAGAAUUUCUUCUUUUUUUUUUUAGUUUGUGUAGAGUGUAGUAUAAAACUUGCUUUAUAGCAAGCCACAUAUACAUGCUCCCACUUUGGCCUUAUUUUAAUGCAGAUUGUGCAACUUGGUAAGGGAGUUAUGAUCCCACUUUCAAGUCCAGACAGAAAGAAAAGAAGCUUUGUGUUCUCAGUCAAAUGCACCCCACAGUCACAUUCAGCAGCACACACUAGUAGUGCAAUUAUGUAAUCAACAAAUUUUUUUGUGUUUGUUGAUGUGCAACAUUAUAGCUGGAAUGUGACAAGCACUUUUUACUUCUUCAUUUUAAGGUUCUUGUUUGAAUGCUUUUGCGAGACAGUCCAGGUAUAUAGCGUCUCUUACACAAAUUGUUGUGCCUGCCGUUGUGUUUCACUAAAGCAAGGACGCUGAGAACAGUCGUUCAAGAAUAUAGCCCCGUCUUUGUUGCAUGCGCUAACACAGGGUGAGUGCUGCAGGAGUGUGCAGAGAUGAAUUUAUCAUGCAGUCCAUUGCCGUCUGCAAGUUGCAAUGUAGUAAAUCCAGUAGUUGCAAAUGCUGCCUUCUGCAAGUGCAGAAGUGUGGCAUCAGCUGCUGUUUCUUUCUGUCAUCUCAACUUACAUGUGCUGGACAACCCCUGUUGCUUCAAAGUGCAGCAGCUAAAAGAAGAGUUCAAAUACCGGCCUACUUGUAUUACCAUUUUUGUUGUCUGGGUAAUAGGUAGGCAGCUACUUCAUUGCCUCACUGAAAGUUGAUCAUGUUUGAAGAAGUUUGGGUAUACAUAUUUUGCCAAAGACGCUUAAUUCACAGAGGCAACUGUUUUCUCAUUUUAUAGAUAGCUGGAGCUUAAGAGACCACCAAGUAGAAACACUAAAUUAUUUUAGACUCAUUAGGUACUCCUUUAUAACUCUCGUGUUUGUUAAUCUCUUGGUAAGAAGUUGAUCACUAGAACAGACAAUGAAGGCCAAAGUUUCUUUUACCGAAUUUUGCACAAAAGCCCCAGGUUGGUAUGUCACUGUGGCAUCAUAAAUUUCAAUGUAUCUCCUCAUACUCGAGCAAUUGCGACGUAGUAAAAUUUAGCAAAAUUUGCCAGGUUCUCUGUUUGGCUUCUAUAGAAUACAUUGUACUAGUCCACAUUUACCAGUAAGAAACUAACAAGGCCAGUACAGAUGCAGUCGAAAUUCAUGACGUGACCCUACCACAUGAGGUUAACCAUGUGACCCGCAGAGUCCUGAAUUUUUAAACAUUCACACAAAUUGCAUUAUUGCAGUCAUUGUCACUUGAAUGUGGCCUAAUGUUUUACUUAUUUCAUGCCAUUUCUCUUGAAUUGGUUACUCUGUUUUGGUGUUAGUCAAGCUUUAAGAUCUGUGAAAUAGUGCAUUGUAGUAUGGAUACUAUGCUUUAUGCUGGGGGAACUUCACUGCUUUACAUUUGGAUGCUAAACUUUUACACUUUGGAAAAAAAGGGCUUUUCUUCGAAGUUUAAUGUUCAUUUCAACUUAUGGUGUAUAUAUGAUACACAUAAACAUGUUUUGGGAUCCAGCAAUAUUGUUUAAGGGUCCCAAACUAGAAUAACAAAUUAAAUAUACAAUAAAUGGUAGUAACACUGGGAGCAGUUUGCAACAUUACCAGUUCUAGUACAAUAUGGGGUUAAUAAGUGGCUUCUCUAGAUUUUUUUAACAAGUCUAGAGAAGGAAGAUAUGUAGUAUUAGAACUUGGGUUAUUCAAACUUAAGGUUUCAUAAAUCCCAUGGUAAGUCGACCAUAAUUAGUGUGCAUUUGUAGCAAUAAAAAAUUUCGCGUCCUAUUUAUUUUCAUUCUGCUCUUCAAAGGUGCACCUGUCUCUUCUUUUAUUAGGAUCCCUUAAAAACGUCAUCUCCUCUGACAGUAUUUAUGACAAAUUGUCAUUAAAGCACCUUAUUGAUGUUUACUUUAUUUUUAAUUUUUUUAACCACAGUGAAUCUCAUCGAGCUACUAGCUUGUAACAGACUACUGGUUCAACAGAAGUUCUGGAUACAUGGCAAUUACAUAAGUUAAGGCUUGAUAUUUUUAUAUUGUUGAUCAUCAGUAUUGAUCAAUAUAUUUAGUCCCCCGGUAAAAGACACGUGAGCUGUGCUUAUAAGUGCACUAUAUGUGCCCUGACAGCACAAAACAUUCAUCGAAGCUGAGCAUUUAAGUAUGUGUACGUCUGUUGUACAUAGGGGUUACAAACAUAAGCGCACAAUUUUCAGUUUUCGUGUACCAUUUCAACUGUGUGAGAGGACCCUAAUGCGCAAGGAGUGAGCUAUGAACACACCUACACUCAACAGUCUGUAAACCACAGUUCUGGUGGAAAAAAAAAUGACAUUUCCUUUUCUGUUUUUCUACACAACCUUCACUGUUAUGUGCAACUGAAAUGAGAGUAUGCAAAUGCCUAAGUGCUUGACUAGAUAUUAGCCUAUGUACUUAGGUAGCAUAAAAAAUUUUUUUGUUGUUGGUAGUUUCUAUAAAAUGGUGACAUAAUCCUAUGGUGGAAAUAAUGCAUCCCAUAGCUUCGUUACGCCCAUAUAGCAGGUUAAGAACGCUUCCCACUGUCCAUGAAAGGGUUGAAUCCUUAAAAAGGUCCUAACCUAUAUUAAUCUGAACUACUUGUUUGCAAUUAGCUGUUCAAGGGCACUAUACAAGUAACACCCCUCUACCUACUUUCGUUUUCUUUCACCAUAUUGAAAAUUUGCAAUAAUAGCUAAGCUGGAGGCAUGUGAAGUGAUAAGACAUUGCUUUAUGUGUUCGGCCGCAUGCUUAUUCUCAUCUUUGUGUGUGCCUAUAGCUCCUGCAGGCCUUUGGGAAAAUGCAAAAUAUGUAUCGAAGCUUGACGGGUUUGCAGUGCUGUCUGGUCAUUCUUUAUUGACAAAGGGACGCGGGCUUACACACCGUGUUUCUUGCGUUUAUUCCACAUGCUCUUGGCUCACUUGUAUCACAAGCUGUACUCAGAUCUCUUGCAACUGCCAGAUCUCUUGUGACUGCCAGGCCUCUUGUGACCAGCAGUGAAUUAAGGUUCAGCUGUAACAUUGUCAAGCAGCCCUUGUGGAGGUUAGCACCAGACGCAGGCUGAAGUACAUGCAAUUUUCAUACAGUUCUGGCUCUUGAAAAUACCGUAUUUUUACUCGCAUAAUGAUCGCACUCGCGUAAUGAUUGCACCCCUGGAUUUUGUCAUCGAAAUUCGUUUUUUUUAAAUUUCCCGUGUGGUGAUCGCACCCCGAACUUGCUACAGCGAUAUGUUGUGUGCCAAGUCUAGCUAAUAAUGAUCGCGCUUACCAUCUGUCGAAUGCUACGCGAAUGACUCUUCAAGACAAACCAAGCGGUCUGCACGCACCAAACAUUCUUAAGUAGAUGCCCCAUUUCAUUACUUUCAUCACUUUCCGCACUUCCAUGACAAAAAGAGGUACAACCGAACUUGCCUUUAUUAUGUGUAGGCUUUAUAAUGGUUGUGGUCAACAACAACAAAAAAGGCGCCUUUCGAUUCUUCUCAUCUGCACUCAUGGGCACGCAACAAAUCGCGAGCGGCAAAGAUAGUAGCCACGUUUGCACUGAUACGUUAGAAGUCUACCCUAUUCAUACGCCGACACUUGUAACACAGCUAAGAUAUUAGCCCACCCAUAGCGGAAACGUGCCAUAUUAGGAUAGUAGUGAAGACAGAUGCCAGUUUCUGCAGCAUGCCGGCCAUGUGUUUCUAUGUCACUGGCAGCUAAGCGCGCCCAUCUGUUUCUGUCCCCUCAAAGUGGACAUGGCUACGUUAUUGCCACAAGCUUGCCGAUAUUAACGAUAUUAUUCAUUACUGAUACAGAAGAAACUGUUUCAAUGUACGUAAUGUACCCACGAGAAGAAAAAAAAUCGCAUUCAGCACGUUCGGCUUGCUCCGCCAGCCGCCAUUUUUGUUUUGCUGUCGCACACUACAUACAGCGGCAGCUGCCUAUUUGUUGACCUGUUGGCAUCCCGCAGCAAACGCGGGAUGAAAAAAAUUUUCUUUUCUUCUCGCGCGAAAUUCAACCCGCGUAAUGAUCGCACCCCUGAAUAUGCGUCAAUUUUUUUAACAGGAAAGUGCGGUCAUUAUGCAAGUAAAUACGGUACACUUAGUCUAGAUAAUCACAACCAGGCACUCCUGUUACACUCAAGGUGUACCAAACUGUUUUAAAAGUCCUUUAAUCCCUUCCGUGCCUUGGACAAGCUUGGACGAAAUUCGUACACACGUUUCUGGUAAAAAUGGCCAAGGACGAGUUCAGUUCGUCAGUAGUACCUUGCAUUUCCCAGCAAUGCCCUGGACAGGCCAAGAUUUGUCCCAUUGCUGUGUCAUGCUUUUGGUAGAUGGCAGCACACAAGCCAUAGGACAGCGCAAACAAAAGUGAAUUUAUUCUUUCUGAGAAGGUACAUGUUGGAAACUAUCCUUUAAAAUAAUUUGGGUAUUUGUGGGCAGAAUUCAGGAUAAUAGCAGGACAUAGAAAGGGGUAAAGGAGUGCUGAGUGACAUUAUUAUGUUGUCAUUUUCUGUUUUUGCAUAAGUUGAAGCUUAAGCCGUCUAAAUCCGAGGAAAAUACUGGGAAGCAGUAGAACACAUUAAGAAGUUUAUUAUAAUACUUGCUUCUAUAAACCAGUAUUGGUAUCAGUGCCCAGGAGAUGCAGGUGUCCUGACAUCAAAUUUUGCUCUGUGUCAUGGCAAUACAAUAAUGUCAGUGAUGCCAGGUCGGCAUUUUGAGCCUAACUGUAGUAUCAAAUUAAGAUGCUUCCACUGUUCCCAGCCUUCACUUAUGAUAAGUGUCAUCCUUUUACAUGCGAGAAGUCUAUGGUAUAGUUUAUAGCACAUUGAAAACAUUAAUCAGUACUGCUUUAAGAUGUGUCCGCAACACUAGAAAUGGGGAAAUUGUGCUGACAUCAGUAUUGCUGUUCCCCUACGUGUGGCAGCUUUGGUGGCUCCAUCUGUCUGAAACGCACUUGCUGCCAUUCUUUUGAGCCUUGACAGUCAAGCACAGGUAGACACAAGAAUCACUGAUACGUGAAGGUUCAUGUUGACAGCCAUCUUUCACAGUUGCAGAAUGGCUAGUUCUUACAAAUCUUGAUAGUUCCUUCUGAAACGCUCAGACUGAGAUAAUUUAUUGCUGUAUUUGUCAGCAGUAGUCAUUCUGAUCUACAGCCUAAUCCUGGAUGGCAGGAGUUUGGCUGUUUUUUCUUCUUCCUAGUCAUUUUUCUUUAGCUCUAAUGUGUUCAUUUUCGACAGAUGAGUUUUAUGGCAGAUGUCUGAAGACCACUACAACUUUUCCAUUUGUGUAUUGCAUUGAUUGUAUACUUGGUUCUUUAAAACAUUCUUUUGCCUGUUACGAUACUUUAUAUGUAGACUGGCAUGUAUUUAUCACACCUAUUGCUGUAUCAGUCUCAGAAUCUUUUUUUCUUAUACUGUGUGUGUUCGUCCUGUGCAUUUUGCUGGACGCUUUAAAGAGCCUAUCAGUAUGUCACUUUAAAUAUUUUGCACAGUGUUUUAUCGUGCACAUUACCACUUUCAUCAUUUUGGUGCUUACUGUAGACAUGUGCCUGUCAUUAAUUGCAGUGGCACAAAAGACUUAUCUCCAAGCCAUCUGUGGGCUUUACUUACAGUUAUAUAUUAGCCUUGCAUGUGUAAAACCUUGUACUUUACAUGGUGGGAAAAAACCUGUAGAGAUGCCUCAACUAUCCCAGGUGUAUUGCAGAAAGUGUGACAAAUGUAAAUGCCACUUUAGGAUUCAUGUUAAGGGCACAUAGAAAUUGCAUCAUUGUUAUGAAGGAAGUCAUUGGCUAGAGUGGUGUUUGCCAUUGCGAUCUCGGUCACCAACAAAUGUUUGUUGAUGUACAGAUGUUGACAGGCAAGUUUCGUGGUCAAAUGACAACAGCACGCACUUACAGCGAACACAAACAAAAGACAUUCUUUACGCAAAGCGCUGACGUGCAACUCAUGCACAUGCAAGUGCCUUUUGUUCGUGUAGCGCCUUUCUCCGCAUUGUUAUUAUUCGAUCAUGAAUCACCAACUUGCAGAAGCUUACAUCUUAAAAGAAGCUUCGAAUUCCUUGUGCCGUACUUGCUACCCUUUUUGGAUCUUGGUCGAGAAGCAUAGAAAACGUAUCUGCGGUCGCAACAAACUGGAGGUAGAGAUAGUUACCAAUAAGCAGUUUGGGAUGCCACUUUAACUCAGAUGAGAUUAACACAGUGAACAGAAGCUAGAACAACAUGGACAUUGCACUCACAAUUGAUUUAUAAGGCCCUAAAUAAAUAUGUCAAAAAAUCAGCCGUGUGUGCAAACAGGCUAGUGGGCGCAAUUCCAUGAUUCUUGCUUUAUUUAAGUAUACAAUGACAGGGACAUGAACACAUUUGCUUGUUCAGCCUAGUUUCUUAUGGUUCGAUAUGUCCCUGCCCUGAAUUGUGUACUUAUACUAACGCAAGAGUUUUGAAAUAAAUAUAUACAGGAAAUAUUACGCUUGCAUGCAAGUUCACGGCAGAUCACAUGAAUAAAGAAAGCAAAUCUCGCUUUCAAAGACACAAAAGUAUCACUAAUGCACUCUCCGCCUUUUUUUCUUUUUUACUCAAUGUGCAAGACCUCAAAAAUAUUUCACACUGAUUGCAUUCUCUACAUCUGUCUUAGUUUCAUUGCAAUGGCUUCCCAAGGUAUCAACUGUCUUGCCCGACAACAAAUUCUUUUGAGUUUCCAAAAAAGCAUACACGCAUCAGUGUGGCAUUGCAGAAAGAGAAGUUUGGGCCUGUCCUCGGUUUUUAUGCUUCCUCUGUUGUACUAUAGUCUCAGCAUCUUGGACAAGUGUAAAAUUGUUAUAUAUAUAUUCGUGUAGCGCUCAUUUUUCAGCAUACAGGAGCAUUCCUUGAUGUUACAGAUAGUCAAGCCACGGUUUAUAUCUAGUAAUGCAAAUAUUAUUCUGGAACAAUCUCGCACCCAAACUUUCGGUACACUGGUGUUCAGAAAAAAAAAGCCGUAUGCAUACUUGUGACCGAGUGGGUGAAUCAUGAGCUGUGACAAAGUGAACCGUGUUUCACAGAGGAAGAACUUGCUUUCCACCUAGCUGCAGCAAAAUGUUAGAAAGCGAACAAGCUUUGUCCUUUGAAAUGCAGGGCCUGCCUGUACUAGAAGUAUCCUGUUGUCUAAGAAGCUUAGUUUUCAACAAAGCACGGUAGUUUGUUGCGAAAGCAGUUUUACUGUAUGCAGGCAUACAGUGAUGCAGUCACAUUGCAGUACUUAUGGGAACUGCAUUGUUGAAUAUCUCGGAUUAACGUAUUAGGGGGGUUGCUUGUGGCCAUUGUUGUGGCCUCUAGAUGCAAGUUUGCCUCGGCAACGAAUGUAGUUGCAACAAUAAUAAUAAUAACCGACUAGAGAGUGGAGGAAAGAGGCAUUGUGCACUGUGUUUGCUUUUUUCUUCAGCCAUGUUAACUCACUCACUUUCUUCGUUGUUCCCAUAUGGCUGCACACAUCGAGCAUUGCACAUUCACACAUUUUACCUUAUGCAAGAUUCACGUAAUAUAUUUGCACAUUCAGGCUACUCUUAGCAAAUGCUCUAGUGAUGGUACAUUUCAGUACUAUUGGUCGUACGGCAGAGGCGCUGCUGAUGACUUUUCAGCUCUAUUGUGUGUCUGUGCUGUUGCAGUGUGUUUGCACGUGUGAAUAGGCUCAGCUGUGAAAGUUUGAGCUAUGCUGGGCCUGUCAUUCAGUUUAGCAUGUGGAAUGUUGUCAGAACGGUGUGUCAGGACUUCAGUCAGCCAUUUCAGGUCACUUUUCAGCAUCGGCUUUACCACGCACUCACUGUAGCUCGAGUUUGUUAGUUUGUGGGCUGUAAGUUUGUCUUAGAGCUGGCUUUUAGCUUAUAUUGUACAAUAUCUUUCUCCCCACUUAUGCUGUGAUUUAAUGAUCACAACAGCAUGAAAUGCAAACAGCAGUGUAAAAGGAGCUCAUGAAAUAGUUAAUUCAGGUACACUCUUUUAAUGACCACUUACGAGUACUCAGGUAAACACUAACGCACAGCAUAAAUAGCAGACAUAAAACAUGCAUAGCUCAAUAAAUGAUGAUUAAAAAACUUUGCAGACCUCUUGGCACAAAAAAGUUGGCUGGCAUGACUUGUACUAUUGGAGAUAGGAACAGUAUCUUGCAUCUGGGAUAAAAAUAUGCUAGAAUCAAACAUUCUUUUGACUGUUCAUGCCAUAAAUCUUGUCAUGUAAGACACAUACAUGUCAUUCUAUGUUAAUGCACAGUCACAAACAAAGUGUUUGUUACAAGACUUUAUGAUGUUACUGGAAAGGGAAUAUGUUUAGUUCUUUUUAAGGAUCCAAAGCAUGCAGAUUGAAUUGUGUCUUUUUUUUUCUUUACAAUAUUUUAUAAGGUGAGGCGCGCUAACAAGCAUUCAUGGAAGCUUUGAAUCACCAAAGCGUACGCCGGUUCUGAGAAUGCUGGCAUGUUUAGAACUUGGGAUGUUCGCUAACAAGCAUUGUGUAUGCUUCAAAUCACCAAAGCAUAUGCCGGUUCUGAGAAUGCUGGCAUGCUAACAAGCAUUUGUGUAUGCUUCGAAUCACCAAAGCAUAUGCCGGUUCUGAGAAUGCUGGCAUGUUUAGAACUUGGGAUGUUCGCUAACAAGCAUUUGUGUAUGCUUUGAAUCACCAAAGCAUAUGCUGGUUCUGAGAAUGGUGGCAUGUUUAGAACUUGGGAUGUUCAGAACUUUUUGUUGUCCACAAAUUGACUCCUGCCUAAUUUUGAUGUCAGAGAGGCACUGUUUGUUCACCCUCAUGACUGGAAACUGUAACUCUGUAGGUGUGAUCAAUUGAUUUACUUGUAAUUUAUGUAGUGGUGACAGUGUUUCUUUUCAAAAAUGAUGCGCUCUUGAGCUUGUUUCACCAGCCUUUAAUUGUCACUUAAGUCAUCAAAGGUUAAUUGUGGUCAUUAGCUACAAACCACCCUUUCAUGGAGAAGAGCUGGCAGGCACAUUAAGUAUGUGAAUAAAGACCAUUCUGUAUACCUUGUUUGCAGUAGUUCCUCAGUAGACACACAUCAGUCUUAUCAUUUUAGCUUCUCAAGCAUGCAUGAUGUAUCUUUUUGUACCUGUGUGAGACGCAACUUUCAAUAAAUAAGGAAAAAGCA